UUUUUUUCCUUAGCAGUAAAAUUUCUUAAAGCCGAUGGCCACUUGCACUGGGUGAAACGGCACGGUACACUGGCGGAAGGCCCUGGCGUCCCACGGUGCCCACCUGGGAACCCCUCGCGUCCACGACAGCUCCACGUCCGCCCAGAGCGCGCCGGGAACUCCUGCUUCCCACCCCGCCGCCCACUGCCCGCGGCGCCUCGAGCGCGCAGGGCCGGCCGAGGUCCCUUUCCUUCCCGCUCAGCGCUCCCUGAGGCCUCCCGACAGCGCCCCGCAGGGGACACUGCCGGUCACGCGCAGACCCCUUCCCAGGCCCGGCACAGACAGGUCGCGCACGACCAAGGUCACCCCACGGGCCGCACCACCCCGGGGCCACAGACGCAGCGCGGACGCGGCUCUGUGACGCCACGGCCCCGCCCGCGCGGCGGGGGACUCCUCCCGGGGCGGGGCUGCGUGCUGACGCCACACGCCGGGGCGGGGCCGAGAGUUUGGUGCCUUGGAGUGGGGUGUCGGAGCCUCAUUCGGGUGGAGCAGAGUCGGAGAGAGGCGGUGGUGAGAAGCUCCUGGACAAGAAUGUUUCACUUAAGGACUUGUGCGGCCAAGUUGAGGCCGCUGACGGCCUCCCAGACUGUUAGGACGUUCUCCUGGAACAGAGUGGCGGCCGCUAGGACGUUUGGGAACAUCCGGUGCUACACGGCACCGGUGGCCGCAGAGCCCUUCCUGAGCGGGACAAGUUCCAACUACGUGGAGGAGAUGUACUAUGCCUGGCUGGAGAACCCCAAGAGCGUUCACAAGUCAUGGGACAUUUUUUUCCGAAACACCAAUGCUGGGGCGCCCCCAGGCACCGCCUACCAGAGCCCGCUCCCCCUGAGCCCGGGUGCCCUGUUGGCCACGGCCCGAGCGCAGCCCCUGGUGGACGUGCAGCCCAACGUGGAUAAGCUGGUGGAGGACCACCUGGCCGUGCAGUCACUCAUCAGGGCCUACCAGAUACGAGGGCACCAUGUAGCACAGCUGGACCCCCUGGGAAUUUUGGAUGCCGAUCUGGACUCGUCCGUGCCCGCUGACAUUAUCUCAUCCACAGACAAACUUGACCUUGCCGUUUUCCAGGACCGACUUCGAAUGCUAACCGUAGGAGGGUUCUACGGCCUGGACGAGUCUGACCUGGACAAGGUCUUCCACCUGCCAACCACCACGUUCAUCGGCGGGCAGGAGUCCGCACUUCCCCUGCGGGAGAUCAUCCGGAGGCUGGAGAUGGCCUACUGUCAGCACAUCGGGGUGGAGUUCAUGUUCAUCAACGACCUGGAGCAGUGCCAGUGGAUCCGGCGGAAGUUUGAGACGCCAGGGGUCAUGCAGUUCACCAACGAGGAGAAGCGGACCCUGUUGGCCAGGCUCGUGCGGUCCACCAGGUUUGAGGAGUUCCUGCAGCGGAAGUGGUCAUCCGAGAAGCGCUUCGGUCUAGAAGGCUGCGAGGUGCUGAUCCCCGCGCUCAAAACCAUCAUCGACAAGUCCAGUGAGAACGGUGUGGACUACGUGAUCAUGGGCAUGCCACACAGGGGUCGGCUGAACGUGCUCGCCAACGUCAUCAGGAAGGAGUUGGAGCAGAUUUUCUGUCAGUUCGAUUCAAAGCUGGAGGCAGCUGAUGAGGGCUCUGGGGACGUGAAGUACCACCUGGGCAUGUACCACCGGCGGAUCAACCGUGUGACGGAUAGGAACAUCACCCUGUCGCUGGUGGCAAACCCUUCCCACCUCGAGGCCGCCGACCCCGUGGUGAUGGGCAAGACCAAAGCCGAGCAGUUUUACUGCGGGGACACCGAGGGGAAGAAGGUCAUGGCCAUCCUCCUGCAUGGGGAUGCCGCCUUUGCCGGCCAGGGAAUCGUGUACGAGACCUUCCACCUGAGUGACCUGCCAUCCUACACGACACAUGGCACCGUGCAUGUCGUCGUCAACAACCAGAUUGGCUUUACCACAGACCCGCGCAUGGCCCGCUCCUCGCCGUACCCCACCGACGUUGCCCGUGUCGUGAACGCCCCGAUUUUUCACGUGAACUCGGACGACCCAGAGGCCGUCAUGUACGUGUGCAAGGUGGCUGCUGAGUGGAGGAAUACCUUCCACAAGGAUGUGGUGGUGGACCUGGUGUGUUACCGGCGCAAUGGCCACAACGAGAUGGAUGAGCCCAUGUUCACGCAGCCGCUCAUGUACAAGCAGAUCCGCAAGCAGAAGCCGGUGCUGCAGAAGUACGCGGAGCUGCUCGUGUCUCAGGGCGUCGUCAACCAGCCGGAGUAUGAGGAAGAGAUCUCCAAAUACGACAAGAUCUGUGAGGAGGCCUUCGCCAGGUCUAAGGACGAGAAGAUCCUGCACAUCAAGCACUGGUUGGACUCCCCCUGGCCUGGCUUCUUCACCUUGGAUGGGCAGCCCAGGAGCAUGUCCUGCCCCUCCACGGGCCUGACGGAGGACGUCCUGACGCAUAUUGGGAACGUGGCCAGCUCUGUGCCAGUGGAGAACUUUACCAUUCAUGGAGGGCUGAGCCGGAUCUUGAAAACCCGUGGGGAGAUGGUGAAGAACAGGACCGUGGACUGGGCCCUGGCGGAGUACAUGGCUUUCGGCUCGCUCCUGAAGGAAGGCAUCCAUAUCCGGUUGAGCGGCCAGGACGUGGAGCGAGGCACUUUCAGCCACCGCCACCAUGUGCUACACGAUCAGAAUGUGGACAAGAAAACCUGCAUCCCCAUGAACCACCUGUGGCCCAACCAGGCUCCCUACACCGUGUGCAACAGCUCCCUGUCCGAGUACGGGGUUUUGGGCUUUGAGCUGGGCUUCGCCAUGGCCAGCCCCAACGCCCUGGUGCUCUGGGAGGCCCAGUUUGGCGACUUCCACAACACGGCUCAGUGCAUCAUCGACCAGUUCAUCUGCCCCGGACAAGCCAAGUGGGUGCGGCAGAACGGCAUCGUGCUGCUGCUGCCCCAUGGCAUGGAGGGCAUGGGCCCCGAGCAUUCCUCCGCCAGGCCAGAGCGUUUCCUGCAGAUGUGCAAUGACGACCCAGACGUCCUGCCGGACCUCACGGAAGCCAACUUCGAUAUAAACCAGCUGUAUGACUGCAACUGGGUUGUCGUCAACUGCUCCACACCCGGCAACUUCUUCCACGUGCUGCGUCGCCAGAUUCUCCUGCCUUUCCGGAAGCCGUUAAUCAUCUUCACCCCCAAGUCGCUGCUGCGGCACCCUGAGGCCAGGACCAGCUUCGACGAGAUGCUUCCAGGGACCCACUUCCAGCGGGUGAUCCCAGAAGAUGGCCCUGCAGCCCAGAACCCAGAAAACGUCAAGAGACUUCUCUUCUGUACGGGCAAGGUGUACUAUGACCUGACCCGAGAGCGCAAAGCGCGGGACAUGGUAGAGCAGGUGGCCAUCGCCAGGAUCGAGCAGCUGUCGCCGUUCCCCUUCGACCUGCUGCUGCAGGAGGUACAGAAGUACCCCAAUGCCGAGCUGGCCUGGUGCCAGGAGGAGCACAAGAACCAAGGCUACUAUGACUACGUGAAGCCCAGGCUGCGGACCACCAUAAGCCGCGCCAAGCCCGUGUGGUAUGCUGGCCGGGACCCCGCAGCGGCUCCAGCCACCGGCAACAAGAAGACCCACGUGACGGAGCUGCAGCGCCUGCUGGACAUGGCCUUCGACCUGGACGCCUUCAAGAACUUCUCGUAGAUGCCGCCGGCUGCUCGGGCCGCUGCCUCCAUGUCCACUGCUCUCGCUUCUCUACUAAAGAAUAGUGCCUCAGCGCUGCCCACACCCCUGCCUGCCCGCCACACCACACACCGUCCUCCCCCACUUGAGAUUAGGCUGCGUCCCCUCACGUGCUUGGCUGCCCCCGAGGCGGACGCUCCCAGGCUGUGACUUCCAUCUGGCGGAGACGCAUGGGGGACGGGCAGGGGCCGCAGGUUCCUGGAAGGGUCAGCUCUGCCCCAGCCCAGCUUCACCCCAAGGACCCAUCUGACGGGCUUAUCACCCAGCAAGGGGUCCUGCACCCCUCGGUCACCAGGGCAGAACCCCAGACCCUGGGGAGGAGCCAGCACCAUCAGAGGCUUGUGGGGUGGGAGGGGCUGGCAGGGCCCUCACUCCACCGAGUACCACCGGUGCCACCACCGGGCGCGGCUUGCAGGACACGGCCUGAGCCUGCCCGGGCUCCGAGAGGGCAGGUCCGCUCUCUGCAGUGUCCACUUCCGCCUCUCAAGAGGGUCCCAGGCCAUGCGUGGGGGUCACGGGCUCGCCCUGCCCACAGCCAGGACACAGCGGUUGGUCUGGGCCCUGCUCUCCGGUCACCCGCCUCGGCCUGCCCAGCCCAGUUCCCUUUCCUGUGUCCCUGUCACACAGUGGAGACUGGAGCACUGACCUCUCUGCUGGGCCAAAGCUGGCCAGGAGGAGAGGCGGGCCGGGCUAAGGGGCAGCCUCCCCUCACCUGUCACAGGGACACAUCCAAUUUAUUUAUUUUGGUUAAAAAAAGAACAAAAAGAACUCUGCAUUGCAUUUGGCUUGACCCAUAAACUAAGUUAUCCGUGG